GGCCCUCGGGGUAGGGUCGGAGGAGGUGCCGCGCGUCCUGGGCGCGCGUUUCCCGGCCUAGCCCCCGUCCUCGGCGUCUUCCUGGCCUCCUAAACAGCGCCACUUCGACGACAUGUUCGGCGUCUGGGUCCGGGACACGUCCCUAUUCCUCGCCAUCACUGUUGUUGGGAUCACUGUGCUCCUGUUGGCCCUGAAGAACAAGAACGUAAAGAAGAGACGUCCUAUCACCUUAGAGCACCCUGAAGCCAAGUUCCUGCUGCCCUUGAUUGAGAAAGAGCAAAUCAGCUACAACACUCGGAGGUUCCGCUUUGGACUGCCCUCGCCGGACCAUGCCUUCGGGCUUCCUGUAGGUAACUAUGUUAAUCUCUUGGCCAGAAUUGAUGGUGUUUUGGUGAUCAGGGCUUACACGCCUGUGUCCAGUGAUGAGGAUCUAGGCUUUGUGGACUUAAUUAUGAAGAUCUACUUCAAAAAUGUACACCCUAAUCAUCCAGAAGGGGGGAAGAUGACUCAGUACUUGGAGAACAUGAAAACUGGGGACACCAUCCUUUUUCAAGGGCCAUCCGGGCGCCUGUUCUAUCAUGGGUCAGGUACUGGGGGGUUCACACUGGGCCUCCAGCUAGGAGGAAGAAGAUGCCUAUGGUUGUUCCAUUGUUCUAGAAAGCUCCUCAGAUUUGAGUCACAUGGACUUGUCCUUGAAGUCUUCAUACAUUCAUUCACACACCCACUUUAUGAGAUUAUAAGCUUCAUGAAGGUAAGGGAGUGAUUUGGUGUUUCCUCAUCACUGUAUCUCCAGCCCUUAGUGGAAAUUUCAGAAAAUACAGAAGCAUAUAAAUAAUUUACUUCUUUUUUUGUUUGCUCUAUAC